AAGACUACACAAAGUAACGAAGUCCAUUCUACAGAAGUACAGAUCCUAUCUUGGGUCAUUUUCUCUCGAGAGAAGAAAAAGUUGCCCAGCUUUCAAUUGCCCAAUUUCGAGAACAUUCUCUGAAGAAGUUUGGAACUUCUUUUUUUUGUUCCCUUAGGGCUGAAUUUGCAAUUUCUCUGGGUUGUUUUGGUUUUGCUUUCAUGGAAAAUUCACAGGAUUUAUGUAACGUAGAGGGUGAUGGGGAUGCAAGUAAGGCCACGGCUUGCACAUCAUCAACGUCGUCAGGUUGCUCAGGAGGAUCAGAGUACCGAUUGUUUGGUCGCCAAACCUCAGUCCACCAGUGUAUGGGUGGAGGUAAAGCUGCUGAUAUUCUAUUGUGGAAGCGGGGGAAUGUUUCUUUUGGCAUCAUUGUUGUUGCUACAGCUGCUUGGAUCGUGCUUGAACGGUCUGGAUUAUCGUUCUUAUCAAUGUGUUCAGAUGUGUUGCUGAUUUUAGUUGUACUUUUGUUUCUUCGUGCCAACUAUGCUGUUUUUAGAGAUAGACAAUUACAAACAUUACCGGAGCUAGUAUUGUCGGAGGAAAUGGUUAACAAUGCUGCAGCAUCAUUUCGUGUUAAAAUCAAUAAUGUGCUGCUUAUGGCUCAUGAUAUCACUCUUGGCAAGGAUUUUAGACUUUUUUUCAAGGUGGUUGUCUGUCUGUGGCUCUUGUCUGUCAUUGGUAGCUUCUUCUCCUUCUUCACACUUGCAUAUAUUGGAACCAUCAUAUCGAUAACAGUUCCUGCUUUCUACAGCAAAUAUGAAGAGCAUGUGGAUAGAUAUUGCGGAAUGAUCCACCAACAAUUUUCAAAGCACUAUAAAAUAGUGGAUGAAAGUGUUAUUGGCAGACUCCCCCGGAAUUUAUCAAAGGACAAGGAUUCAUAGGUCUGGUAUUCUAGUUUCAGUUAUGAGUGACAAUGUGCGAUAGACGACUGUUGUAGAGUUUCAGAUGCUGUUCUGAAGCCAUCUGUAUUUUUGUUGUUUUCUGUAUGUUGUACCAGAAUGAAAUCCCUGGUUCUCUCCGUGCAUAAUUGGUGGACUUUGUCCUGCUUUCUUUCAUUAAUUAGAAAUUAGAAGGGGGAAAAAGAAAAUGUUUGUGGACAUGGUACAGACGUGUAGAUUUGGAAUAUAUUUUUUUUUCUUUUUUGUAAGUGAGAUUUGGAAGUUUUGAGUAGCCAGCUUUUCUUCUCUUACGGUUCUCUUGAAGUGGCAUAGCGGCAGGGUAUGAGAGCUGGCGCAUUCAUCACUGUAACGUAUAGAACUAAUUCGUUGACAAUGACAAGAGAUGGUGCAUUCAUCUUGUGGCCUA